UCCCGUGCUACCGAGAUUACUCCCACGCUCGCGCUUCUGCGUCUUCAGCAAUUUACUUUGUUGAACCCAUCCUCUCGGUUGCCGUACACACUCCUCUGACCCUCUCAUCAUGUCUAACAACUUCGCUGCCCUGCCGUCGCGCCAAGUGACGUUCUCUCGGCCGGCGAACGUUGCACAGCAGCCCUACCAGCAGAUCCAGCAGCAGCAAGCUGCCAAUACCGGCCUAGCGCUUCCAUACUCCUCCAACCCUUACCUGCCAGGUCCCUCUGGUCAGAGCAACCUCGCACUUCCGAAUGCCGUGCCCUCUAUCAACCCCUACCAAACGCAACAGCAGGCUCAGCAGCAGCAGCAGCAACCGCCGUCUUUAUACCCUCAGAGCCAGACGCAGGCACAGACCCAGCCUCAGUCGGCCUUGUCCUCUCAGACGGUCGUUGCCAGCCAGCCAGCACCUCUUGCCGGCCCCUCGACACCGGGUCCCAGCGCUGUCCCUGCCACUCCUGCGCCACUCACGCUCGAGCAGCAACAUAUCACUGCGGUCGAAGGCAUCGUCCCGACGCUGCAAAACAUCGUCGCGACGGUCAACCUGGACUGUCGGUUGGAUCUGAAGACGAUUGCGUUGCAUGCGCGCAACGCCGAGUACAACCCCAAGCGUUUCGCCGCGGUCAUCAUGCGUAUCCGCGACCCGAAGACAACCGCGCUCAUCUUCGCGUCCGGCAAGAUGGUCGUCACCGGUGCGAAGAGCGAGGACGACUCGCGGCUUGCGUCGCGCAAGUACGCUCGAAUCGUCCAGAAGCUGGGCUUCGACGCCAAGUUCUCGGAGUUCAAGAUCCAGAACAUCGUCGGCAGUUGUGACGUGAAGUUCCCCAUCCGUUUGGAGGGUCUCGCGUACAGCCACGGACAGUUCAGUAGCUAUGAGCCAGAGCUGUUCCCUGGUCUCAUUUACCGUAUGAUCAAGCCCAAGGUCGUCUUGCUCAUUUUCGUCUCGGGCAAGAUCGUCCUCACGGGUGCAAAGGUUCGAGAGGAGAUCUAUACCGCGUUCAACACCAUCUAUACGGUGUUGUGCGAGUUCCGGAAACCAUGAGCGUUCCCCCGCGCUCGUCCGCGCCGCUCCGUCGCAUCCGACUUCGAUCGCCCUCCCUGCUUGGUGGAGUGGUGGAAGAGGGUGGCUGGACCACGGGCAUGCGGCGCGGACGGAUAGAAAUCGACAAAAUUAUGGACCUUCCGCCGUAUGAAGCUGACACUGUCCUCCCAUUCCCUUGCAUGCCAUAGUCUAAAUCCGUUAGUAGGUAGUACACAUAUGUUUAUUCUGUCGUAGGUUCACUAGCAUUGUAUCAAAUACACAAGCAUUGGUUCGGUUAAUCGUGUA